ACGUCAUUGGGCUGCGCCGGGGUGGCGGUUGCUGUACAGUUGCUGGGAGGGGACGAGAGGUGGAGUAGCUGGGGCAAAGAUCAUGCCGAAUAGCGAGAGGUUUCCUGGACAGCAGAGACAGCUAGGCUGGGGAUGAAAGAAGCAGGGCAGAUGCAAAAUCUGGAGAGCGCGGAGGCUGGGCGGUCAGUCAGCACCCAGACUGGCAGCAUGACCGGUGAAAUACCAAGGCUUUCUAAAGUCAACCUUUUCACUCUGCUCAGUCUCUGGAUGGAGCUCUUCCCAGUAGUCGAAACCCAAAGACAAAAAUCUCAGGAAAAAGAGGAGGGAAAGCAUGGACCCUUAGGAGAUAAUGAAGAGAUGGCCAGAGUAUCUACUGAUAAAAAACAGGUGAAGAGAACUGGUCUCGUGGUCGUGAAAAACAUGAAAAUUGUUGGUCUCCACUGUUCUAGUGAAGAUUUACAUGCUGGGAAAAUUGCUCUGAUAAAACAUGGGUCAAGGCUGAAAAACUGUGAUCUUUAUUUUUCCAGAAAACCAUGUUCUGCUUGUUUGAAAAUGAUUGUAAAUGCUGGAGUUAACCGAAUUUCCUACUGGCCUGCUGAUCCAGAAAUAAGUUUGCUUACUGGGGCUUCUAGUUAUGAAGAUGCAAAAUUAGAUGCCAAAGCAGUGGAAAGAUUGAAGUCAAACAGUCGGGCCCAUGUGUGCGUCUUACUUCAGCCUUUGGUGUGUUAUAUGGUGCAGUUUGUAGAAGAGACCUCUUACAAAUGUGACUUUAUCCAAAAAAUUUCAAGAACAUUGCCGGACACUAACAUUGACUUUUACUCUGAAUGUAAACAAGAAAGAAUAAAAGAAUAUGAAACGAUAUUUUUGGUUUCCAAUGAAGAACUGCAUAAGCAAAUACUAAUGACUAUAGGUUUGGAGAACCUCUGUGAAAAUCCAUACUUUAGCAAUCUAAGGCAAAACAUGAAAGACCUUAUCCUACUUUUGGCCGCAGUAGCUUCCAGUGUGCCCAACUUUAAACACUAUGGAUUUUAUUGUGGCAGUACCGAGCAGAUUAAUGAAAUUCACAAUCAAAGUUUGCCACAAGAAAUUGCAAGGCACUGCAUGAUUCAGGCCAGGUUAUUGGCGUAUCGGACUGAGGAUCAUAAAACAGGAGUUGGAGCAGUCAUCUGGGCAGAAGGAAAAUCUAAAAGUUGUGAUGGAACGGGUGCGAUGUACUUCAUAGGAUGUGGUUAUAAUGCUUUUCCUGUUGGGUCCGAGUAUGCUGACUUCCCGCACAUGGAUGACAAACAGAAAGACAGAGAAAUAAGGAAAUUCAGAUACAUUGUACACGCGGAACAAAAUGCCUUGACAUUUAGGUGUCAAGAAAUAAAACCAGAAGAAAGAAGUAUGAUUUUUGUGACAAAGUGCCCAUGUGAUGAAUGUGUACCUUUAAUUAAAGGUGCAGGCAUAAAACAAAUCUAUGCAGGGGAUGUAGAUGUUGGAAAAAAGAAGGCAGACAUCUCUUACAUGAGAUUUGGGGAACUUGAGGGUGUUAGCAAAUUUACAUGGCAACGGAAUCCGUUAGGAUCUUCUGUUCCUGAAAAAAAUGAGCCUGAAAGCAGAGAGAAUGGUGUGUUGGGACUCAUACCCUUGGAUGAAGAACAGCACCAAAACAAGAAGCUCCGUCUUGCAAACCACUCAGAAGUCCUCUCUAAGCUGGAGUGAAGGCCUCGAGAGUUUUUAUUGCACUUUUAAAAUCCAGCCCUGUUAACUCAGAAAAUAAGGAUGGAUUUUGUGAAUAACUGAAAAAAAAUUUUUAAGGAAGCUAAUUUAUUACUAGCAUAUGAAUGAUAUUAAUGAGAAUGUUUUUAUUUUAGAUUUAUUUGUGUGUUUUCCGAAUGUAGUGGUGUGUUCUUUUAUUACAUGUAAUGGGGUGUCAGCAAUAUAAUGAGACCAGUUUAUUUGGCAACAGGGAUUGAUCUCUCCUUGUCUUAGCUUUCUGUUAGCCAGCCAGAAUGGGGCUGGUUUACUCAAGGUCACAUCUUGGCAGAGAAUUACAUACAUUUUCAGAAAUUCCUUUGGAUUAUGAAGGUGAUGCCUAGUAAGCUCCUCCAGAGAAAUAAACGGACCGUUUUAAAGUCAGUGUGUAGCUCACCAGAUUUCACAUUUACACCCAAAUUUUCUAAUAAUCAGAAUUUAUUUAGUUAGAAUUGAGCCAUAAAAAUGAAGUCGGUGGGUCUGAUCACCAUUAUAAAAAGUGUACUCCUAACAAGAUUAUUAGUUUUUCUCUCAAUCUUUCUGUGUAUAGACAUCACAGUCAUUUGCUGGCCCAGGGUGUUAUAUCACUGAUUUGGGGUAGCAAUAAGAAGAGAUUAUUAUUCUGAGAUACUAUUUGCUGUCACCAGCUCUUGCAGUCACUAACAGUGAACCUGGAAUUUGGUUGUGAUGUUAACGGAGAAGAAAUAUUUCGGUCUUGAAUAUUGGAACAAGUCUUUUUCAAGUUCCACUCAGAAAUUCUGCCCAUUAUUCCCUCCAUAUCGUUAACAUAGCGUGUCUCAUAGCUUUGAAUGGAAGGCCUUUUAAAAGCAUCUGCAAACUUUUAGAAUACCAAAAGUCUUGAAGGUAAACAUUAUGGUCAGUUCACUUAUAUCCCAAAUUUAUCUUCGUGAAUCCUCUCGUUUUUGUUUGCUGCGAAACUUUCAGAAAAUUAGUCCAAAGAUGAAGCUGCAUAUUUUGUACUUUCCUGGAGUUGGGGAGGGAGUUGUGUGGCCUGUGGCCCACGGGCCUAGAGUGUGGUCCUGAGGAAUGACUGCCCUUGUUUCAUGCAGCUGUCCAGGCUCAUGCAGCUGCCCAGGCUCGCCUCUGCCAUUGCCCCCUUUCUUUCCAUGCCAUCACUCGGCCUUCAGAGGCCUCCUACCAGUUUCUCAGAAUUGUACCCAGGACAAUGAAUGUGUUGACCAAUGCCCUGCUGGGACAGCAGCCUAAUUCCCCAGGAGGUCAGUCCACACGGCAGUUGGGACAGAGGGCAUGGAAUAGAGAGGGAGGGGAGGAAAGAGGCCUUUAGAGAUGACAGGCUAAUUUGAAAACCAGUAGUUACGCUAUUCUUUAACAUUUAUCAGUAUGAAAAUACUGCGAUUGCUCACAUUGUGCUCAAGUUCAUCUUAGAUGUGUUUAACUGAUACGUCGAUGACAUCAAAUAUUUUGUAAAUCAAUCAGAAAAUGUCUUAUAAAGCCCCAAUAUCUAGUAUAUUGCCCGUUUUGUGGAUUUAUGUGUUAGACAUUGAAGAGAGAGUAUCAGAAGGGGAAAAUAAACAACUGGGAAGAGCUAUGAUUAGGAAAUGGAAAAUUGGUAUUUCUACGGCACUGUUAAAAUGGUUAUGAUAAUGCCAUAUUUUCUUCUGUGUAUCUGGUCAGAUUUCAACAUUUAUUGAGAAGUUGCUGUGUAGUACCAGAAGUGCAGGGAAAUAUGUGUAUGUGUAUAUACAUGAAUGGCUGAAUCUCUCGUGCCUGCAGCAGUGUCUGGCAUAACAGGCAUUCAGUACAUAUUUGUUGAUUGGUUGAAUGACUGCUGGACGCUGGCUAGACCCUGGAGAGGAGAUGUGCAAGAAAUGCCCUCUGACCUCAAGAAACUCACAGUCUGGUGGAAGAUACAAGCAAAGGAAUGAAUCUCAGAGUGUUGUCCCUGGACUGGCAGCAUUAGCGUAACCUGGAAACUUGAUGGAAAUGCCAAGCUCUAAGGCCCACCCAGACCUAUUGAAUCAGCAGCUCCGGGGGUGCAGCCCAGCGUUCCCUCCCGUGAUUCUGAUGACCUUCGGGAUUGCGAAGCACCCUGUGGAUGUAACUGUAGGAACAGUGGUGGCGCAAAAGAGAACAAGCAUGCACUCUGGUGAGCCAUGGAGAAAGGGCCUCUCGGACACGGAGGUCCUGAAGGGGCUUCAGUGGGGAUGAGAGGAACUGAGAGGAGGCAAGGGAGAUAGAUGGUCACACAGGGGAGUAGGAAAGGGAAGUGACUGGGGACUCGCGCAGAGAUUGCUGAGCUGUACUGAGGGCCCCCUGGGAUAGCAGUAUGGACUGAGAGCUGGUGCUUUCCCAUCAAGAGGCUUCAUCUUUGGCCUGAGAAAUCAGAAUUUGCACUUAAAAAUACAUCAUCCUUAAUUUCAAAGAUUGAGAGGAUAAUAGUAAAGUCAUAAUUUGAAAAGCACAGCUCUGCAUUUGUUUACUGCCAAGUGACAGAAGAAUUUGGUGACUAGAGGUGGGCUGAGCCUGGCUCGCCUCACAGCUGUCAGAGUGCAUCCAGGUUUACAUGUAUGUGUUGUUUUGUUGUAUCACUGCCAAAGCCUUUUAUUUGGCUUUUCUAUGGAUUUCUCUUCCUCAGUUACUUAUUGAGUUUGAAAAUAUACUAUCACUCAUAAAUCAAAAUCUUCCUUGUUUUGCAUGAACCCUUCACUUUAAGAUCUGCCACAACAAUCUGCCUUUUUUUUUUGAGCGGGAGUUGUUUCCACAGCAUACAGAAGUUCCCUGGCCAUGGAUCAAACCCGAGCCACAGCAGCAAUCUGAGAGGGAUUCUUAACCUGCUGCAUCACAAGGGAACUCCUCAACCAUCUGCUUUUGACCCACUUUAGAGCAAGUGGCAUUUUAAGCACCAAGUUUUUAAAGUUCUGGCAUUGCCAAUAGUGGCCACUUGGCAUUUAGCUAUUGCUUUUUAGGAUUAAGCACAGUUUAAAACCUUCAUUUCAUGUUAGAUUCUUGGAGUCUUUGUAUUUUUUUUUACUAUCAUUUAAAAUUAUAAAAUAUUUCUGACAUAUAAGUUAAAAGCCCCAUUAAUCAGUGCCACUUAAAAAUGAGGCCCAUCUAAAAUGGAACACCCUGGGCAUAGUUUUAUUUAGAAGCUUGUCCAUAAAAAAUGUAUUUAUUGUAUUCAAUGAACUGCAUUUAAAUAGAUUCAGGUUUCAAAGGAACUUAGAUCUCUUCUGUUUAGACUACUCCUUUUUAAAUCUGGAAACAGGAGUGUCCAGAAGGUGAAUGAUUUCUUAAAGUCUAGUUCAGAAUGUCAGAAGGUCCUAAAUCAUCAUUCAGUGUCAAGGUUUUUUUUGUUUUGUGUUUUUCUUCCAUUUUCAGGUUUGUUUUGAAGGAUUUUUUUUUUUUUUUGCUUUUGUGUGUGUGUGUGUGUGUGUGUGUGUGUGUCCACACCCAUGGCAUGUGGAAAUUCCUGGGCCAGGGAUUGAACCUGCACUACAGCAGUGAUCUGAGCUGCUACAGUGACAAUGCCAGAUCCUUAACCCACUGCACCACAAGGGAGCUCCUCAGUUUGUUUUUAAUGUAAGUGCACAUUUAUCCUGUGCAUGUUCACAUGUUGGCUGAUUUUAACAUGUGCAUUAUAGUAAUAAAUUGAAGGACUUCCACUAUUGUAAAUUAAGUCAUUUUUUUACUAAAAUUAUACCUACACAUUUCAAAUGAACGAACAACUUUAUAAACCUUACUUUGAAAUAGUAAGUCCACCCUGUCCUUUGUAUCACCCCUCCCCAGAGGCCACCAGGCUCAACUAUUUUAGCUGAUUUAUUUUUUCCUUUUUUAGCCACUCCCAUGGCAUAUAGAAGUUCCUGGGCCAGGGAUCAAAUCCGAGCUGCAGCUAUGGUGUACACCACAGCUGCAGCCAUGAAGGAUCCUUAAUCAAUUGCACAGGGCUGGAAGUUGAACUGGAAAUGCCACAGAGACAAGCCAGAUUAUUAACACACUGUACCACAGUGGGAACUCAUUAGCUGAUUAUUUUGUAUUUAUCUGCAGAUCUCAAAAUCACGUGCCUGUAUUGUUCCUUAGUAGUAUUUCAGUUUUAGGUAUUUUGUUUUGACUUUCCAUUAUGGAAGAGCUUUCCUUAACCUCACUUUCCUCUCUACAUACUUCCAACUUUCUAUCCUCCCAAUAUUCUUUUAUUAGAUUGGUUGCAUUGACAGUCAUUGUUUGGUAUUAUGACCAUGUAAAUGCUAUUCACAGCUUUGUCAUGUUGUGUACUGCGAUUAGUUCUUUCCUUAUAAAACUUAUUUUCCUGAAUUUAAAAUUUGUCUUUUUUG